AUGGCGGGUAGCGAGUUCAAGGCAAAGGCACUGGACUUUUGCUCUUUUGUCAACGCUUCUCCUACACCAUUCCACGCCGUUUCAUCUGUUCGCAAGCGUCUUAUCGAAGCUGGGUUCCAAGAGAUCAAGGAGAAACACUCUUGGUCUUCAGUAUGCAAGCCUGGUGGCAAGUACUACCUGACUAGAAAUGGCUCUACCAUCAUUGCUUUCGCCAUUGGACGGAAAUGGAAGCCGGGCAACUCUAUAUCUAUGGUCGGUGCCCAUACCGAUUCACCAUGUCUGAGAGUGAAGCCUGUUUCAAAGAAACAAGCAGAAGGCUUCGUUCAAAUAGGCGUGGAAACGUAUGGAGGCGGUCUCUGGCAUACUUGGUUUGACCGCGACCUUAGUAUUGCCGGCCGGGUUAUGGCAAGAAACAAGGACGGUUCCAUUUCUUCGCAGCUCUUCCAUAUCGAUCGCCCAAUUCUUCGAAUUCCUACUUUGGCAAUUCAUCUCGAUCGUCAAGAGACAUUCACAUUCAACAAAGAAACUCAAUUGUUUCCCAUCGCAGGCUUAGUAGAAGCUGAACUAGCUAGAGUGGGAGGCAGCCAGGCCAACUCGGAGCUGCCCAAGAAUGACAAUGAUAGUAACCCUCCUGGCCCCCUGCGAAGCAUCACGCAGCGUCAUCACCCAUAUCUCGUUGAAACUAUGGCGUCUGAACUUUCCAUUCUGCCGGAGGACAUCGUUGACUUCGAGGUCCUUCUCUAUGACACCCAGAAAGCUUGCCUUGGCGGCCUUCUUGAUGAAUUCAUCUUCUCUGCCCGGCUUGAUAACCUUGGCAUGUCCUACUGCACGACUAUGGGUUUCAUAGAAUCUUUAUCAUCAUCUUCCGCCCUAGAUGACGAGUCAUCAAUUCGCCUGAUUGCCCUCUUUGACCACGAGGAGAUUGGCAGCAGGACUGCCCAAGGCGCCGACUCCAACGCUCUCCCCGCAAUUCUGCGACGCCUUUCCUGCCUCCCCUCUCCUGGAGCGGACCCCACCUCUACUACUUACGAACAGUCUCUUUCAACCUCCUUUUUGAUUUCUGCCGACAUGGCCCACUCCGUCAACCCAAAUUAUGCUUUCAAAUAUGAAAAUGAACACAAGCCAGAAAUGAAUAAGGGCCCUGUCAUCAAAAUCAACGCCAACGCCCGCUAUGCUACCAACUCCCCCGGAAUUGUGCUAUUGCAGGAGUCUGCUCGUCUGGCAGCCAAGUCUGACAAAGAUGGUGUCGUCCCGCUUCAAUUAUUUGUAGUCCGCAACGAUUCUCCCUGCGGUAGCACAAUUGGUCCGAUGUUGUCUGCGGCGUUGGGUACUCGAACAUUGGAUUUGGGUAAUCCGCAAUUGAGCAUGCAUAGUAUUCGAGAAACAGGCGGCUCAAAGGACAUUCACUAUGCCGUUGAGCUUUUUAGGAGCUUUUUUGAAAAUUACUCCAAUUUAUCAACGAAGAUCUUCGUGGAUUAA